AUGGAGACGAUAAAGAAAGGGUUUAAGAUUUCAAAAUUAAUUUCUUUCAGCAUCUCGGAUUAUUCUCAUCAUCACCGAUCUCAUUUUCGAACUCGUCGUCGUGUUGAUUCGCCAUUGUUAACUAGAAUUUUCUCCUCGUCGUCAUACAAUAACAGGUCUAACGAUGGUUACAGUGGUGGUCGAUCACCACCACCAAGACGACGCUCCGGCGAUGGAUUCAGCACAUCAGAUCGAACUCCUUCGUCACGGCUUUCUGGAUUCAACCACGGUAACGAUGACCGCGACGCCGGCGAUAAUAGGGAUCGAAGACACGCAGGAGGAAGAAGGGAUUUCGACAGCAAUAGAAGACCUAAGUACGAUGAUGAUGAUAGUAGGUAUAGACCGAGUAACAGAGCAUCAUCCGAAGUAAACAGAACCGAUAGUCGGAAAUCUGAAACAAACAGCUCUUAUGUCCCAUUUGAUGAUGAUGACGAACAGAAGCCCCAAUUUUCUCCUAGCCCACGAGUUAAGGAUACUAAGAUUCAGGACGUUGAUGGAUUCCUCGAUAGAUUCAAGCUUGGAUUCGAUGAAGAAAAAGGUAGUCCCAUUUCUGACAAAUCAGAUACCAGCAAUAGUGCCGGAGAGGGGAGAAGUAGUGGCCGAGGAGCCUCAACCACCGCCACCACCACCACCAGAAGACGCUGA